AUGCGUAUUGCGUUGACAUUCUUGAUCUUGUUCAAUACACUCUGGUCGGCCAUAUUUCUCUGUCGUCGUGCUCGUGCGUCUGUUAUUGAAUCACAUCUCAAGAUCUUAGUUGCCGCUGCCCCCGAAUUGUGCAUUGCAUAUUCCCAACUAAUACAAAUCAUCAAAAUGGGAGACCGCAACAACCCUAUCAAGUUUGGUCCGGAGUGGUUGCGUAAUUUAUCCCAAGAACGUAACACUGGUGGAUCUGCAAAUAAUAAUCAGAAUCCUCCAAACUCUGGAACAUUGACCAACUCUGCACCAACUGGGUCUGUUCUGGGAUCCACAGUUUCUUCAGGGGCUUUGAGUCCCCCAGGGCCUCCUGGAGCCAUGGGGGUUACAGUGAGUCCAGGAGGUACAACAGCACAAGGAGCAGCAGGUGGCUCAACAUCUAAUACCAGUGCAUCUACAGGAGCAUAUCCAAAAACCACCACAAACAAUACAGCUCCAAAAAUACUACUUGCCAACUUGCGGUAUGGAAGAGAAGAGAUGUUGGCAUUAUAUGACAGAUCUGCUGAAGCACCUGAAGAGUUGAAGUACUUUGAUCUAUUGUAUCAACCAAGGGGAAAGCCACCUGCUGCACUAAAUAAUACAUUUGAGGAAGAAAUGCGAGACAAUAUUCGUGGAGGGCCACCCACUGGGGGAAUGCCAUCAGCGGACAGGUUUGGAGUGGCCCGUGGGGGUGGUCGUGGCUCAAGCAAUGACAAUCGUGGACGUAGUCGCACGCCGUUUAGUCGACAGGGACAAUCUGGCAGGGGUAACUCAUGGCAUACAGGACAUGCAAGGCAACCAGGGUAUAACACUGCAUCUGAUGAAGAUGGAAGUCCACUCCGGCCCUGGGGAGCUAAUAAUGGUAAUCCUUCCCAAAGAAAUAACAAUGAACAACAGGAAUGGGUUCCAAACAAAGUUUUUCGAAGACGUCAAGCUAAUAACACCAAUUGGCGCCAACCGCAAACUCGGGAUGAAGGUGAUGAAUGGAGAUCAGGGGAUGCAGCGCGAAAUCGGCCUAACGUCGAUAAGUGGGAUCGAGAUUGGGGAGACAGGCCUGUACAAGACAGGCCCCAGUCAUGGAAUUCAAAUCGUCGGCCAUGGGUUGGUGGGGAAGGACAUAAUGAUGACAAUCUACCAGAAUGGGCCGUGGAUAGUGCAGAGACUGGCGCAGGAACAUUUGACUCCACCGGAGCAUUUCACGGUUAUAGCAAUGACGACACUAGUUUACCCAAGACGCAGGAUACGCCAUUUCCACUGGUACGUUCUCAUACUCAUGGAAGUUUCGUGCGUUCCAAGAAUACUGAAGAAGGUUCUGAAGAAUGGUGGGCUUCAGAGAAGGCAAAAAAACUCUCACCUAAGAGGUUUGAUGCCAGUGAGAUCAAAUUCAAAAAGCCACCUAAUACCCCAGUAAAUGAAGAAAAUAACAGUGUACCUAAAACUGAUGAAAGCGAAACAGAAGAAGAAACAAAUACGAAUAACGAAGAAGAAAAUAAUGUAGCAGAAAAAUUGGAAGGAGCUGCUGCAAUUGCUUCAGAAACCCAUGAGGAAGUGAAUACUAGUGAUGAUCAAAAAAAUGCUUUUAAACCAAAAUUCACCGAGAGUAAGACGUUUGAUGCCCUCAUGAGAUCUGAUAUUGACAUGGAGGAAGUCAGUGACGACAGAGGAAAUUUUCAGUCUGUUAUGAUAACGCCAACAAAUAGCUUGCGGCAGAAACAUCAAAAUUUUGUUGCUUCUGCCACUGAAAAUACUGUUAGACACGGGCAUAUGGCAGUACUGCGGAUGCUGCAAUCAAUGUCACCAAACAACAAUGAUUCUUGCCAGUCACCUGAAGAUAAACUGGUGGAGGAUAUCUUCGAUCUAACCCUUGAGGAGACCACUGUUCCAACAUCAAAUCCAACAUACAACAAGGUGGUAUCCAAACUGGAGGAAUGCAAGCAGGUAGUAUGCAACAAGGAGGUAUGCAAUCAGGAGGUAUGCAAUCAGGAGGUAUGCAAUCAGGAGGUAUGCAAUCAGGAGGUAUGCAAUCAGGAGGUAUGCAAUCAGGAGGUAUGCAACCUGGAGGAAUGCAACCUGGAGGAAUGCAACCUGGAGGAAUGCAACCUGGAGGAAUGCAACCUGCAGGAAUGCAACCUGGAGGAAUGCAAUCAGGGGGAAUGCAACAGGGAGGUGGAAUGCAACUUGGAGCCAUGCAGAUCUUGCAGCAGGGUCUUUUGCAACAAGGCGCUAUACAACCGGGUGCAAUGCAACAAGGAGGAAUGCAGGCUGCUGGAAUACAGGCGGGAA